AUGCGAUUUUGGUCCGCUCCUACGGGCUUAUUUCCAUACUCAUUUGAUGAAGUCGUAUCGGUUUUCUGGGAUCGAUAUCCGAAUUCUUUUGCUAAGCAUAUUGUCACAGAAGAUGUGCUAGAACGAGUGAUCACAGAAAAUACGAUCGUCACGAAAAAGCUCAUUGUCAAACAUGGUGAAAUAACGAUCUUUUACCCCCACGUGGAUGAGAUGCUAAUGCUGCCAUGUCUUUUGACUUUGCAAGAUCAUCUUAAGUUUCUUUUCCUUCAGGUGAUUGAAGAAAGCAUAUACGAUCGAAGAACCCGGACGUUAACGACUUACACAAGGAACGUAUCACAUAAUGAAUUAUUCGCCAUGCAUGAGCGGUGUGUAUAUCGACCAACAACGGUGAGAUGCUACCUCCUUUAUUUUCAAACCAUCGCUUUAUUUAUAGACCUUGAAAGGGACUCAUUGAGUGAACCAAUGACAGACAUAAUGCGCAGUGUCUACAUUUCUAUACAUUGUGGAAGAAUGAGCUCGGUCUACGAGAAGUUGAUGCUGCUUGGCUACAAGAAAUCUGUAAGUUUUUUGAUGACAAGGUCUCAAUGGAGAUUAAGUCGAAAUCAUUGCGACUACGUAAGAAAAUAG